AUGAUGCGAAAACUGUUCUAUCGAAGUUAUACUUUUGAUGCCAACUCUCCAUCGGUAUCCUCUACGUCAUCUUCAUCUUCAACAGUAACUACACCAGUUCAAUCACAGGCUUCAACUGAAUCUACACAGGAGACGUCACACUCUGGAAGCCGUCAUCCAGCAUCGCUUCGCUCUUCUUCUCAACCUGCCACGUUGCGUAAUGCCGCAUUCAACGAGAUCAGCGACGGCACUUGGACAUACUGCAUUGACACACCGAACCCUGCACCAUCUGUAAAAGGAUUCGGAAAUGUCCCAAUUGCCAGCUACGAGGAAAUUGAAGCAAUGGGAGACAGAAAACUGAAAGUUUGUACAGUGACUUGGAAUAUCAACGAGAAAGGAGCGAAAGUCUUGAAUCAUCUCGCACAGAAAAUAAGAGACAGAAACGACGAAAUAGAUAGUGACAUAUUCUUCAUAUCGCUUCAAGAAAUUCCAACAACAGCACCAACGUUUCACGAGGAUGCUCGCAGAAUUUUGGAGCCACUUCUUCAUGGACAUCGUCUCUAUCUGUCUCACAGAGCUUGGAGUCAAAUGGUCAUUGUCUUCAUACGACAUAAACACAUCCGAUAUGCGAUUCAGCCUCAACCGUUAUUCAUUCCAUCUGGAACCGUGGCAAAACCAGUGAGAACGAAAGGUGCGAUCGGAGUGUGUCUUCGGUUAUAUCAGAGAUUUAUUGUGCUCAUCGGAUGCCAUUUGUCUCACGCCACACCUCAACUUCGUGUCCAAGACUACACUAAAAUAGUCAGAGAACUCUGUUUCACUCAGCUCGCCAAGUUUCAUGGUACUCAAAAAGGCCAUAUUUUCGCCUCUGACGUGGUUAUUUGGACUGGAGACUUGAAUUUCCGGGUUACUGCAGAGAAUAGUGUCAACUGGAAUGAUGUAGAUAAACUACGAGAAAAAGAUUACGACGAUGUUCUGGAGACUGAAGAAUUGGCAAAUCACAAAUCGAAGGAAGCAGCAUUUUCGAAGUUCAACGAACCUCCACUACGAUUCCCACCAACUCACAAAUACGAACCGGAUACUGAUAUUUAUGUGCCGAAAAGAAUUCCAUCGUUUACGGAUCGAGUUUUGUACUGGAUGAAAAACUCUGAAUGGUUGCAACCAAUCAAAUACGAUUGUAUGCGUGGAGCAUCUCCAUCGGAUCAUAAAGCAGUUUUUGCCACCUUUUGGCUAACAGUAAUCAACAAGCCAGUUCCAGAGCGCUAUCGAACUCAAAAGUCCCUUGAAAACGGAAAUUCAACUAAAGAUUCUCAAAAAUCUCUCGACAGCGGAAAUUCUAGUGACAAAUAG